AUGGCUCAUUAUGGACGCGUGUACAAGGAUGCUAAUGAGAAAGAACAACGUUCAAAGAUUUUUCAAGAGAAUGUUCGUUACAUAGAGUCAUCCAACAGUGUCAUGAACAAAGCUUACAAACUAGCAGUUAAUGAGUUUGCAGACCUCACAAACGAAGAGUUCACGAGCACAAGGAACCGAUUCAAGGCACAUGAAUGUUCCCCAUCGACCUCUGCUUUCAGAUAUGAAAAUGUGACAACGGUUCCAUCAUCAAUGGACUUGAGAAAGAAAGGCGCAGUAACACCUGUUAAAGACCAAGGCCAAUGUGGGUGUUGCUGGGCGUUUUCAGCUGUGGCGGCUAUGGAAGGAAUAACCCAACUGAAAACAGGUCUUACUACAGAGAGCAACUACCCGUACAAAGGAGUCGAUGGCACCUGCAACAGCAAUGAGGAAUCUAACCAUGCUGCAUCCAUUACGGGUCAUGAAGAUGUUCCUGCUAAUAGUGAAAGUGCACUAUUGAAAGCUGUAGCUAGUCAGCCUAUUUCUGUGGCCAUUGAUGCUAGUGGGUCUGACUUCCAAUUCUACUCUAGCGGGGUGUUUACAGGAGAAUGUGGUACUGAACUAGACCAUGGUGUUACUGCGGUUGGUUAUGGAGCGAGUGCUGACGGAACUAAAUAUUGGCUGGUGAAGAACUCUUGGGGAACAAGUUGGGGUCAAGAGGGGUACAUAAUGAUGCAAAGAGAUGUUGAUGCGCAAGAAGGCCUUUGUGGCAUUGCCAUGAUGGCUUCCUACCCGACUGCAUAA